UUAAAUCAGUGCCCGGGAAGCGCGCGCUGGUUGGAGACCGAAGAGCGCUGCAGAGAGCUCCGGGAGGAGAAGACGGGAGGACGGAAAUUAAACUUUUUAACGGUUUAACUUUAACGUUUUUUUUUUUGGUCUGAACUUCGUCCUCAGGAUGUGAAGUUUAAACGGAGCUUUUUUUUUUAAAUGUCCACGGGGGGAUUUGACGCCAUGGACGGGACAACCGGAGCGAGAAUACUGCGAUAGUAAACGUUACUCCGGUGAUAUUCCUAACGUUAUAAUAACGUUACCAAGCUUUAGCGCUGUCUAUUUUAUAAUGAGUUCACACAGUAUGUUUAGCUGUGGCAUCUGCUUUAUCUCCUUUUAUAUCCCCAAAGCUUUGAAUUACCGUUGGAAUAACUACAGGUUUUAGCUAACGGCUGCGUAACGGUUCUGAUAUUUUAUAUUUAACGCUAGCUUAAAGCAGCUUCCUGUCUGUCAGCUAAUGAAAGCAGAUGAAUCACAUGCUUCUGAUCCCUGGGAGUGCUACUGGUUUCUAUCAGCUCCUGCUUCUACUGGAUUCUACUGUCUGCGGCUUGUUUAACUUUAAAGUUUAUGGAUUUCCUCCAGCUCCACUGUGAGUAACUAAACCGACAAUAGCGACAUGUAUGCUGCACGGAAACGAAGAAAACCGGCGCAGAAGGGAGUCAAACCGACCCCAACUGAAGGCGCCAAGUCCAACCCGUCCAAACGCCACCGCGACCGUCUGAACUCGGAGCUGGACCGGCUCGCCAGCCUGCUGCCCUUCUCUGAAGACGUCGUCUCCAGCCUGGACAAACUGUCCAUCCUGAGGCUCAGCGUCAGCUUCCUCCGCACCAAGAGCUUCUUCUCCGUGGCUCUGAAGAACCGGCUGUCCAAUGGCAUUAACAAGAGCAGCGAUCACAGUGAUGACAACAAGACGUCAGGAUCAGCGGACGGUCGCAUACCUGAGGGGGAACUGCUGCUGCAGGCCCUGAACGGCUUCGUCCUGGUGGUGACAGCUGAGGGAAUCAUCUUCUUCUGCUCUCACACCAUCCAGGAUUACCUUGGCUUCCAUCAGACCGAUGUGAUGCACCAGAGUGUGUUUGAGCUGAUCCACACUGAAGACCAGCAGGAGUUCAGGAGCAACCUGCACUGGGCCCUCAACCCCCCUGCCGGCCUCGGACCCCCCACGGAUGCCUCAACAGAUGGGGAGUCGGUGUCGACCUCUUCCUGCCUGGUGAGCUACAACCCCGACCAGCUUCCACCUGAAAACUCCUCCUUCCUGGAGAGAGGCUUCGUCUGCCGCUUCCGCUGUUUGUUGGACAACUCCUCGGGCUUCCUGGCGCUGAAUGUCCAGGGUCGACUCAAGUUCCUCCACGGUCAGAGCCGUCAGCAGUGCGACAGCGAGGGGAGCACUCCACCUCAGCUCGCCCUGUUCGCCAUCGCCACACCCCUCCAGCCUCCAGCCAUCUUGGAAAUCAGAACGAGGAACAUGAUCUUCAGGACCAAACACAAGCUCGACUUCACACCCAUGGCCUGCGACGCAAAGGGUAAAAUAGUUCUGGGCUACACCGAGGCGGAGCUGAGAGUUAGAGGUUCGGGUUACCAGUUCAUUCACGCUGCCGACAUGCUGUACUGCGCCGAAAAUCAUGUCCGAAUGAUAAAGACGGGAGAGAGCGGCCUCACUGUCUUCAGGCUGCUCACCAAGGACAACCGGUGGAAGUGGGUCCAGGCCAACGCCAGGCUCGUCUACAAGAACGGCAAGCCAGACUACAUCAUCGCCACCCAGAGGCCGUUGGUGGAUGAGGAAGGAGGGGAACACCUGAGGAAGCGGUCAAUGCACCUUCCCUUCACCUUCGCCACCGGAGAGGCGAUGCUCUACCAGACCGGUUAUCCACUGCACGGCUUUCCUGAUUCCUUCCAGGGCAAAGCCAAAGGCAGCAAGUCCAAGAAAGGCAAACUGGACAAGAGCUCUUCAGAUGACCUGGACCCAAAGUCUCUGCUUGGAGCGCUGAUGAGCCAGGAUGAGUCCGUGUAUGUCUGCCAGCCGGACACAGAGCCUAAGAUGUCCUACCACAGCAGCCUUUUUAGCGAGCAGCAAGGUGACAGCAGUGGUUUUGGUGGCUUGUUAAGUGGCGAUAGCUGGCAUAUCGUAUCUAACGGGGAGACGGGGAGAUGUAAUAGCAAAACAUCUAGUUAUGACCCACUGCUGGCCACUUUGGACUCUCUGUCCCUGGAUGGAGAGGAAACGUGCUCCAACAGCGAGCUCUUUAGCGCCCUGGAGAACCUGGGCCUAAAUGCUGAAGACCUGGAGCUCCUGCUGCUGGAUGAGAGGAUGAUCCAGGUGGAGCUGGACCCAAACCACAUCCCAACACUUAGCGACAUUCUCACCAACAACGAAAUCCUCUCCUACAUCCACGACUCACUGGAAAGUGGGACUGAGGGGGAGGAACAAAGAGACAGAGCUGGACUUGAACCUUCGACUUGUCCAUCAAACUCAGCCCAAAGCGUCGCCCAGCAGCCACAGGCAUGCCUCACACCUGCUGUCCCUCCAGCGCUUCCCAGCAGCAGGCAGCCCAUCAUCCAGCUGUCGCAACAGAUGCAGCAACACAUCAGUGCGGGUGAGCUGGUGAAAGCUCAACCGGGGCAGAUUCAGUCCCAGUCUGACACAAAGAUUUUAACUGGGAUUCCCAACGGUCACUGGGUGGUAACGACAGAGAACCACCAUCACCCCAACAACCGCACCCAUCAUCACCCACAUACUGUGCUCAAAGCCUCACAGUUGAACGGUGAACAUAAACACCUCAACUCACUUCUGGAAUCGAGUCAACAGUGGCAGAUUCAGCAGGACCAGCACUCGGUGCAUCUCCAGUCCCAUCAGCAGGUAAACAGCCAGAGCGCUUUGCUUCCUGACUUCCAGAAUCAGCUCGGACUGACAACAAACGGAUCUUGCGUCCCAAACGGACACGCAGCCUUUCCACCGAACGUCGAGGUCGGCCACACAGGUUACAAUAUCUCCAACACACCUCAUGCAGGUGGCACAGUACUGAACGGCGGGACCACACCAGACGUUUGUCACUGCCAGAGUAUGGUGGCCACCACGCAGCCCUACCAGCUGCAGGGUCACCAGAAACACCAGCAGCAGCAGAUGUUGCAGCAGACUCAGGUUCCACCAUCCUGUCCCACCCAGAGCUCUGCACUGGAGUUAGAGCAGUUACUGGGUCUGUCCCAGCCACAGCACAGCCAGCCGUCAUUAGAGGCCUACAGCAUGUUCAACACCACCACACAGGACUCCACUCACAGCAAGUUGGAGAACGGUUGCCUCCUCAGUGCCACUAACGCAGCGUACAUCAGGACGUGUCUGAUGCCCAAUGGAAACGGAGUGGUGACAGGCGACAUCCCUGUCUCCUGCCCAGACGGACUCUCCGUCCUACAGGACCCCCAUAAAUCUGGAUUUUUCCUCUGAAAGGAUGAUGGCAGAGUAUCAGAGGAGGCUAGAAGAGAGGUACAGAAGGAAAAAAGAAAGAGGAAAAACUUCUCUAUUCGAUAUAAACACAUAAUUUUUUUAAAAAUAAUUAGAAGGAAGAAAAAGAAGCGAAAAUAAUUUAACUCUCUUUUCCAGAAAUGACUUUACAUCAGGUUCUCUUUGUUUCGAUGUCUCAUCCCUCAGUCAGACAUCACACUCGUUCUACUCAGAGAACUGGGGUUGCCUAAAGAUAGGCAUGGCAAGGAAAGACGAAUCGAGAGGAAGAAAUUCUGUUUUUUUAUCUGUCACACUUCGUGUUAUAAUAUUGCUAGUCGUGCGCUCACAGAAAGUUUUCGUGUUUAAAGAUUUGUGCGGAGCCAAAACUCAUCACUCUCUGAUCUGUAAAUACACUGUUAAAGUCCUGAAAAAAAGAAGAAGAAGAAGAAGAGAAAACACUGUGACACUCAGCAAGGCCGGUUACUUUAGCAAAGUGCUGAUGCUCAAAUAACUGGAGACUAAAAGUUGAUAAAGAGAACGAUGACUUGCUUUUUUUGCUGAAUCACUACAAAAUGUUUAACUCUAACUCAAGAUAAAUUCCAGCCCAGACAAGCGAGACGUUUCCGUUGUAAAGGUUGUAGCGCCGUGUAAUAUAAUAGAAAGCAGAGUUUCAGCACUGGACUUUUCAAAUUAAUUCACUUUUUCACAUUACUGCUGACCAUUUCCUAAAGCAUACUGUACGUUUUAAGAUUGUUUUAACAACUAUGUACCACAUGACAAUAAUGUACCUUUGAUAAAUAAGUAAAGCUGCGUAAGAUCGAUUAGCUUUAGUAUCACAACCAAGCUUCAAGCCUGCAACCUCAUUUUUUUCCUAUUUCUAAACCGAUGGCUGCCUGGAAAGUAUGGAAUAUUCUACCUUAAAAAUGAUGGUAUGCUUUAAAAAAAAUGGUCUGCAGUUUUAUAUUAAAAGAAAUUAUUUGCAGUCAACGAACCGGCUGAAACAUGCAAAACCACCUGUGGAGAUUUUAAAAUGUCUCUACAAUCUACAAGCCGUGUGUGGAAAUAACACUCACAAACUUUAAGUUCCUACCAAGAUAUAUGUUACAUGGGUAUAAGAACAAGCUGCUUUCACUGGUGUAGUAACCACUCACCAUGUCUGCUGGUAAUCUGCUUGUUUUUCCUCAUGUGGGAAUGUGAAUGCUUUGUCGUGCUCAGUGUGUGAAGUGGCGAGGGAACGUUUCUUAGAAGACAUUUAAACAAACAGCCAUGAGAUUUGGACGUUUGUCACCUAGAUGUAGAUGACCUGUGGGGUUAGUAGGUGUCGUUCGUCCUUGUGCUUUACAUGUCAACAAAACAGCAUUUCAUUCUUGUGGUUAAUGAUGUUGAGAUUUAAACAGAUGGUAGAAGGUUAAAAUCAGAAAGGAAGAGCACAAGUUUUUAUUUAUUGCUGCUACCACAGAAAAGCCAUACUGCUUCUGUGGCCGCGGCAGUGUUUAUCCUAAUGCUGCAUUUUAGCCUAUUUGAGGUUUACAAUGACGUUAUGCACUUACAUGUAUAUUACAGAUAUAAUCAGAAAGGAUCUGAAAUCAAACAUAAAAAAGCAUUUUUGUUUCCUGACCGGAGACAGUGUGAAAAUCUCCCGUUAAUGCCUUGUCUCGGCGGCCUCGGCCAGUCAGACUCCCACUUGCUUUAUCCUGCAGUCGCGUCAUGUGGGAAACACUGAGUGCACUUACAUGCACACAGUAAUCCAUUAAGGACCUAAUUGUAAAUAAUAGAUUGCAACUGAAGGCCGAAGAGGAAGUGCAUGCAAGUAUUUCUCAAGUUUUGUUUUGGUGGUGAUUCCAUGAAAUGUAUGGAAGAGGAGAUUCAUUUCAGCCUUUUGUUAUUUUCAUAUCUGGCCGUUACGUUCAUGUGUGGAAACCAAUCGAAAGUAAAGAUCAGAAGCAAAGUGUUGACUUCCAAACUGCUCCUUCAUCAGUUGUAUUAGUUGGAGACUCAAACCAAACCAUGCUAGCCCGGCCAGGUUUAACAGAGCUAACAGACAAGCUCUAAUGUAAAGUUGUCCAAAUAGUUGUGUCCUUCCUUUGCAGUGUCGGCUACUUUUUCUUCUUAAUUUCAAUGGAAAGGAAGUGUCAUACUUUCCUUACAGGACUAUGAAACGCUCAAAUGCAACUUCUGUUGAAGCCAUUACAUGUAGAGUUUGAAAAUGUCCUACUUGUCCUACACUGUGAGAGACGAUACUGUGCACACUGAGACUUUAAUACAGCUGUCUUGAAGACAGUUGUCAACAACAACAACAAACUGCUCACCAGACUUCCUCUUAGCUUGAAGGCUAAAACAAUAUAACGAUACCUGAUUUCCUCUGGAAGAUGGAAGAAUCAUAUCCUGGACUCCCACAUCCAUCAGUGGGACAUGAAAGCUAAUGCUGCGUUCAUGUCAUGUCAAAUUACCUGUAAAUAACAAAUGCAGUGUCUUACUGGAAAUAAUUUUUAAGGAAAUUGUUAUUAACAUGUGUGGUGACAUGCAACAGAGAUGAAAACAAUGUGUUCAAAAAUAAGUGACUUUUUUAAUUUAGUGUAUCACAGAAAAUCCAAGCUGUAACACCCAUGUCAAUGUCGGCAGUGGCAAUAUUAUAAAAAUCUAAAUUAUCAGUUGCAUUCACAUUUAUAAAGAGUUAACUAUAUGUCCUGUAGUUUGUAGGGUUUUUUUGCCUGACUUAAACCUCAUAUUUUAAUAUAGAAAUUAGCUCAGUUCUGAUGUGACAUCAACGCAGUAUUACUUACUUAUUUAAAAGCCCUAAAAGGUAAAAGAAAGAAAGGUUUUCACUCACAGAAGCUGGAGGGAGGACGACAGACUGGACAGCAUUUAGCAUUUAGCACCGACUCAAAAACCAAAUGAGAAACAUGUGAACACACAUGUGUCUGCAGUUGCUCCAUUGUUGAAUGUCUUGUGUAAACUGUAAAGGCGUUUGAGACAUGAAGCUUUUAUUUCACUACAAAAAGGUGCUUCGAUAUUGACGAUUUCGAUAUUGGUAGCGUUAGCUGAUGACAAACGUCACAACGGCGAAAUGCAUUUACAGAUUUGCCUCAUGUUUGUUUUCCUUUUUUUGUUUUUGAUUUUUUUUUUGUAAACUGAUUUUUCUUAUAAAACAGAUUAUUUAAACCAGUUGUGAGAUCAAAUGCUGUAUGAAAGAAAAAAACAUUUAUAAAAUGACAAUCAUUUUCCAAGGCGCUUUAAAAACAAACUACAAAAAAUGGUUGUGUGUGUGUGUGUGUGUGUGUAUAUAACUGUGUUUUUUAAUGGUGUUGUUGCAAGCACUACUUUAAAAUCACUGCUCUUACAAACUCUUUCUCCAGCACUGAAAGUAGUCUUGUAGGAAAAAGCAUUUUAUGACUCCAUGUUGUAUGAAUAUUGUUCCCAAGAGUCGUGUGUUUUAUCUUUAUGUCAUGUUUGAAGACAGUUUGUCACUUUAGCUCAAAACAAAAUGGUGCAUUUGUUCACUUCAGUACAUAAAGAGCAACAUUUUACAUAAAAAUCUCAAAUCUUUUCCUGAUCUUUUAGCAUCUUAAAAUCCACUUUGUCCACCAGAUAACAUUUAAAAGUGACUGCUUUAUACUUUCAUUGUGUUAUCAGCCAUUGGAGUCAAACUCAACUUUGGAAGCUGUUUUGUCGUGGCAAAUUUUUUUAAGGCACACAGACUUUAUUUUGCAACUUUUUUCACUGAAGGUUGUAGCUGUAUGUAAACAAAAUCUUUUAAAAUGCAGUCUGUCUUUGAGCUGUGUGUUGAAAUGUGCUCUUGGAUCCUGGAAAUAAAGGAUUUUGUGCAAUCA